UAUCAUUUACAUUCCAAAAUAAAUUUUCAUAUCGUUUAUUUUGAACCCUUAAGUCUCAGUAGUAACUAUAUAACCACCCACUUCAACAAUCAAUGAUUUUGCAUUUUGUAUCCGUUUCGCAUAAUUCUCACUGUAAAGUGAUUACUUUAUUAAAUAACAUUAAAUAAUUGAUCUUUGUAAUGGGUACAUGUGUUUUACUUACAUUACGGACUGAGAUCUCACAUACCAAUUACACGAGCAUCGACCUCAAGGGGUUAAAAUGAAGCUCUUAUUUUAUCUUGGGUGUGCUAUACAGAUGUAUGGUAGCCAGAAUGCACGAAAUUAUCAGACGGUGCUACAGUCCACAACUGUGAUUCAACCUAUGUGCUAGCAAGAAGAACAACGAAUAACGUGUCAGGAAUGAGUUUUGGAGGCGAGAUUCAAAUCUGACAUCUCUGAAACUCACCUACGAAUAACUGCGAUCAGGCUUAUCUGUGUCCGGCUGAGGUAUGAAAGAGAACCACGAGAAACCUAUCAUGACUUAAGAGGAGUGAUCUGUUAACCGUGUUGGUACGACUAGCUCGCGGGGAUAAUCAGCGUCGGGCAUCUAGAAUUCGUUUAGAAUUUUUGGAGUCCCUUUAUAAAUUAAAGCUGCGUAUUUCAAAUAACAACUAGUUAUUCGACACGCAAUGCCGAAAGGGGUGUGUGUUACCAUCGAAAUGCACCGUUCUGAUCCUCUGUUUUUGGUCGACAUUCCAGUAGGCAUCCUGUUCAUCAUUUGGCAGAAUAUUGGCAAGUGUGCGCAAGACCAUAGCAGUACCUCGACCAUGUGCCUGGCUACGGGAAGUAACGACUCCCACAGUAACCUGGUGAUCCACGCCGACUGCCAUUCUGCCAAUAAGGGACUGUUCGCCGGCCUCAUUGUCCUGGUCGGCUCUAUUGUCAGCAUCAUCCUCUUCUGCAUUGUCAUGGCCGACAACGAGUUCGUCAGCAUGGGUCUGACAGUUAACGCCAUCUCGGAGCUGAUCCUGUUGCUACUGAUGACAGUUGCUGUUAUUCUUGCGUACCGGAAACUCACUCAGCUGGACAUCAACAACCACCCCAUCUCCUUGCUAGACGACUUGUUGCUCUUCAUUUGCAUACCUGCGUUCUUCCUUUACGGAAUCUUCAGCAUCAUUCCUGCCAUGAUCAAGAACAACGGGCUCUCAAUUGCUGUUACUCUGUUGCAGGUGAUUCAGGUCCUACUCCAGACACCCUUCAUCAUCGACGGUUUGCGGCGUUGCAGCAACACGCGACAUCUGCGUCUUCAGAAGCCAGGAAGAGAGUUGGUGACGUUUCUAGUGGUCUGCAAUGUAGCCAUGUGGAUCACAGAGACUUUCGAGAUAAAAUCUCACGACAGGAGAGACGAUCGCUAUGACGUGUAUGGCAACGUGUUGUGGACAAUGCUCAGCCACAUGACGGUACCCCUGACCAUGUUCUACAGGUUCCACUCAUCUGUAUGCCUAGUUGACAUCUGGAAGUCGGCUUAUGAACGUGGCGAGUAACGACUCAAAAAGCCCGUGUUGAAAUUUUCGCGGAAAAUUGAAACGUGUCUUGAAGAUCUGAACAGGUUGUCUGAUUCCGAAAUAUAUUUCUGACUACGUUCUAAUGCUUAAAUUUCUUUCUAAUUUUGAACAGUGACCUAAAGGAAUACUAAGCCUGAACGACUUCAAAUCGGACUAAUUUAAGUGCAAGUAAGUAACUGAAUAUAUCCUUAAAUUUAUCCACAUGUCCAAAACGUUAGAAUUAUCGAAUUAAAAAGGAAGAGAUGAGCGUUGCGUGUAGCACGCAUGAGUGAGAUAAGAAAGGCUGAUUUAGAAGCCCGAAGGGGAAUAGGUCAUUCGGAAGAACAAGACAUGGAUGGGAGGAUAAUAAAAUUGAUCUUAUGAAAGUAAGAUGUGGGCCAGAUUCAUUCGACUGAAGAUAGGGACUGGUGGCUGGUUCUUGUAAACUCUGUAAUGAACCUUCGAGUUCCAUGUAAAGAGGGAGAUUUCGUGAAGAGAAAUUAUCAUCUUCUGAAGGUAUUUUGCUCCUGGAGUAGAUUAGUAAGUUGUGUGUAACGUAACUACUGUCUGCAUUCAAGAUCUGAAUGUCUCUAGGUUUCAUCAUUUCUCGGAACUAGGACAACUGAUAUGAUGAAAUACUGACUAUGUCUUGAAUAUAGAUCUCUCAAUGGACUUGAUCAAUUAAUAUUUUGUAAAAACAUUAAUAAAGAUUUGGGUUCCACAUA